CUGUACAAUCUGGAGCAGUCUGAUGAGCAAUGCAGGGAUCAAAUGCUAUCGUCAAUAGUGUAAUAAAGUAUCCCAAAAAAUCAAGGGUUGCAUAAAUGCAUAAACUAAUUAAGUGUAUUUGUAUCAAGACAAUGCCGAGGUCAGACUAUCCACACUGGACCAUAUUUGCCAUUGCUUCUCUAACUUGGGAAUCAGCGUAACCCAGGAACCCUCCAGGGGCUCAGCGUAUGAACAUUGCCAAACUAUGCCACGAGAUGCAAAGAGGAGGCUGACUCGUCACAAGCAGUGUCAGGAGACCGAGAGGACAAGUACACAUUCCAGUUAAACCUGUUUGUAUGCUUUGGAAAAGGCGACUGAUGGCUCCUUGCAGAGUGAGGAUUGGACACUUAACAUGGAGAUCUGUGACAUUAUCAACGAGACAGAAGAAGGUCCAAAGGAUGCUAUCCGAGCACUGAAGAAAAGGCUGAAUGGAAACAGAAAUUACAGAGAGGUGAUGCUGGCUCUAACGGUAUUGGAGACCUGUGUGAAAAACUGUGGCCAUCGCUUCCAUGUCCUCGUGGCAAACCGAGACUUCAUAGAUGGUGUUCUGGUGAAAAUCAUCUCGCCCAAGAACAAUCCUCCCACCAUUGUACAGGAUAAAGUACUCGCCCUGAUUCAGGCUUGGGCAGAUGCAUUUCGAAGUAGCCCCGAUCUAACUGGAGUAGUGCAUAUUUAUGAAGAACUCAAAAGGAAAGGGAUAGAAUUUCCUAUGGCAGAUCUUGAUGCUUUGUCUCCAAUACACACACCACAGAGGAGUGUUCCUGAAGUAGAUCCAGCAGCAAAUAUGCAUGUGUCCCAGUCCCAGCAAAAGACGAGCACAAGUUCCUAUUCAUCCCCAUCUCCAACUGCAUAUUCAGCUCCUCCGGCCCCACCUCUGAAUGUGACUGGUCCCAUCACUGCCAAUUCUGAACAGAUCGCCCGGCUGCGUAGUGAACUGGAUAUUGUUCGUGGGAACACACACGUGAUGUCUGAAAUGUUAACAGAAAUGGUUCCUGGACAGGAGGAUUCAUCAGACCUUGAGUUACUACAGGAAUUGAACCGAACCUGUAGAGCUAUGCAACAGAGGAUUGUGGAACUUAUCUCCCGAGUGUCCAAUGAAGAAGUCACAGAGGAACUGCUGCAUGUGAAUGAUGAUUUAAAUAACGUCUUCCUCAGAUAUGAGAGGUUUGAACGGUACAGAUCAGGCCGUUCGGCACAAAGCGCCAGUAAUGGAGUGCUGAGUGAAGUGACGGAGGAUAAUUUAAUAGAUCUGGGCCCUGGUUCCCCAGCUGUUGUGAGCCCAAUGGUGGGGAGCACAGCACCUCCAACUUCACUUUCCUCGCAACUUGCAGGGCUUGACUUGGGCACAGACAGCGUCAGUGGAACACUCAGCUCCCUUCAACACUGUAACCCUCGAGACGACUUUGACAUGUUUGCGCAGACAAGAGGCAGUUCCUUGGCUGACCAACGGAAGAGUGUGACGUAUGAAGAUCCACAGGCUGUCAAAGGACUGGCAUCUGCUCUGGAUGUUCGAAAACAGAAUACAGGAGGGAGGAGAGGUAAAGGUGGGAGCUCAGACAUGGAGCCCAUAGACAAGUGGCUAAUUACACAAGGAAUGAUCCCCGUUGCACAGUCCUCUGUCAUGGAUGACAUUGAGGAGUGGCUCAGUACCGACUUGAAAGGAGAAGAACUGGAAGAAGGCGUGACAAGUGAAGAGUUUGACAAAUUUUUAGAAGAACGAGCCAAAGCUGCCGAGACGGUCCCAAAUUUACCUUCUCCUCCACUGGAGGCCCCCACUCCUCCUACGAAUCCUUCAGGCCGGAAGAAGCAGGAGCGCUCAGAGGAUGCCCUCUUCGCACUGUAAAGAGCACUCCUGGCUACCAUCCCCGUGCUCUGCGGAAAAAUGUCUCUGUACAGUCACAUUGUCCUCUCACAGUUCUUGGCUAACCAUGACCCCCCUUGCCCUCCUGGUUUCAUCAAUUGCUUCUCCGGCUUAUCUCUGAAACACCCCCCCCCCCCAUCCCCCCAGCUGACCUUUGUAUUAAAGGCCAGCUCUGCUCCUGCCAGACCACAGUUCUCCAGCACUAGCUUAACCUGCACCCCCCCUUCCCAUCCAAACAACUCUUAAUGCUGAAAACCCCUUUAAAACGCAUGAGUAUUUCUUUACCUUGUUGAUAUGAAAGUGUAGAGAGAGCAGCCUUGCCUUUGACUUACAUAGGGACCACCCCCUUCUGCAGGUAGGUGCUUCCGAAUAGGCCGGUCUGAGUGUCAAUCCGUAUGUAAUUGACUGAAACGGAAUGGAGAUGUAUUUUAAUUUUAGAUACAAAGGUCAAGCUAUCAGCUUCUAAUAGGUUUAGAGAGUAAAGAACAACAGCUUUUCCCUUUCAACAUGUGCUUCACAAGUUACGUUUCGCCCCCCACCCCCACAUCUCCUAGUACCGCAUGGUGGUUGCUUUUCUCCACUCUGUGGUGCUUCCAGUGUGUAGUCUCACAGGAUUUAUUUUUCUGAGUUGAUCUAAGCUUGCUCUGAUUUGAAAGCAAUUUGUUAGCUUUGUCCAGCAGAGCCGUGAAUAGGAAAAUGGCUAUUGUAACACUAGAUAUUGUAUGAAGUAUUUCACUCAUUGAGGGAGCUUUUCCCCUAUAGUAUUUUGUCUAGAAUGUGUGCCUUUUUAAAACUGUUACAUUUCUCCCAAGCUGGAGAAUACUUCUCCAGUAAUUAGCUCAGAUACUAAGCAGGCGCUGCCUUCAUCUCCUCAACUGUUUGAAUAACAUCCAUGCAAAUGGAUGGGACUGAAAGACGUAAUGAGUCUGACUGGCCACACUGGAGGGGCAUGUUUGCUGAAUGUCCCUGGUAUGCCCUGUAGCACUGGAGGGGUAAAACCAGAAAUGUUGUUAGAGGUAGGUCAUCAGAAAAAGGGGCCAGAGUUGUGAUUUCUUGUAGGAGACUUCCUAGACAAAUGGAUACUGGGGGAAAGAUUUUAACUGGCACUUUGGCUGUGCAUAUUGGAGAGGCAGUUCUUUAUUUUCCGGCUAGAAGGUUUGGGCUCAAACACUGGCUGGCUGCGGUCCUAUUGUAUGUAAUGUGAAAUAGACGUGGGAUGCCCUUUGCCAUCUCUGCCUCCUUACAACCACCUAGUGCUAAGAGGCGCCUGCCCCCCCCCACCCCCUUUCUGCCUGCAUGCUUGGAUUCUGUUCCCUCUGCUCGUCAGAGGAAUAAACUAACAAUGCUGUCCUCCUUGGAGAUGCCCCAAAGGAUUCUGCAGUGUGUUUGCCUUGUGGAGACCAGCAUUUCCAGUAUAGUCCUAUGCUACUCUCCUCUACACCCACCCCCUCACAUACCCUGCACAGAUUCCUGGGUAGCAAGCCAGUGGAGCAAGAUGGAACAAAAGAGUCCAUACACUUGAGAGCCGAGUAUCAGUUAAGCACACUUGCACUUAGAACGCUGUUUCUCCCAACUCACUAGUCAUCGUUCCUGAGGGCACGAGAAUUUUUAGGCAGCGAACGGCUUCGUUUUGAUUCGGCACGUCAUGACUUCCCUGCGUACUGCUAUGUGUGCGCCACUCUCACCUGCUCUAGACCACACUUCGAACCAUUCUUACAGUCUAGUAUUUGGAUGUAGCUAAUGCUUCUCUCCCCCAUGCCAGCUCCCUGAAUGUUGAUCUGAAAUUGGUUUUAUUCUGGUCAGUCUCCAUUAGCCAGCACGUGUAGGGUACUUCAGGCUUUGGCUAGGCCGUGAUAUAUGCAUGAAACGUUGUCAGUCCCCUAAUGGCCCACUGCAGUGUGUUAGUCUUAGAGACACAGCGGUGAAGCAGCAUUGUCCAUGUUCACUCUUACUCUGAAAAACAAAUGUAGCUUGCCACUAGGGACAGACCUUGGGACAGGACCGUGCAUGACUUGGAGCAUCAGUUAUAGAGGGGAGGGGGAAGUGCCAUCUCAGCCUGUGUCUAUUGGCACAGAACAGCUUGGGUGCAGUUACGAUCUCUGAAACAGGCCAGCUGGGGACGGGGCUGUUCAACAGUGAGUCUUGGAAGAGGAGCAAAGCAGGAAGUUGCAAGAGAAUUGUUAGGGGCGAGGGGAGAGACAGAGCGGGGGUUGUCAGUGAUGGCAGCUGAAGGAAUGCGACUUGUAAGUCUUGUUGGAUAGAAGGCCAGGCAACGUGUGAUUGGUGAAUGGGCUGCCGAGAAGGACUAUACCAGCUUGCUCAAAGACUUUGGGGGAGUGUGUGGUAUGAUCUCUAGUCAUCCAAGCAUGCGUGGUUUCCCGCCCUUUCAUUCUCCAGCUGCCACCUCCCUCCCUUGCCCCAGGCAGCCCUCUUCCUCUCCCCCCUUUUCUCUCUGCCCCUCUCCUUCCAUUGCUUCACUCAACCCUUGGUUCAUUCCUCUUCGUUUAGGGGCUGAGAUUGUCCUUCCCUGCUCUGGAUGUGCCAGUUCUCAGCCAGCCCUGUGCUGUGCAGAAUGUAGGCCUGCCUGCGAGUGGAUUCAAAACUGGUGCCAGGAGAUGGCUUGAUCUAAGCAGGGGGAAUGAAACUAUCCUUUGCCUCUUCUCUGCUACCCCACCCCCACCCCCAACUUCAAAUUCCAGCUGUGAGGGCUGGAUGUGCUGUGCUCAGCUAGAAAUCUGGGUCUUGUACAGAACUUGAGUUACCUGAGGGGAGGGCCAGUGGGAUGGGAUCACUGUGAGGGUUGGAGAUGAAAUGUAGUGGCAUUGGCUUCACGUGAUAUUGCCAUUGGAGAUCUCCUGUGGAGUCCUCUUCCCCCUGAGAAAGACAGGUAAUCUGCCUGCAGUUGUCCGUCAUCUGCAGGGAAAGAAGGGGUUAACCCCCCUCCCCUCUCUACCAUGCAUAAACUAGAGUUGCUUCCUUGGAAAGAGAGUGGUCCCUGGGGCAAGAUCUUGUCGAGCUGCUAAUUGGCUGACUGCAGUCUCUGAUAGGGGGAAAAUAAAAUGGAACAAAACUGAUCAGGCUGAGUGGAAUGUCUGAAAGUCGAGCCCACGGCCUCUGUUGUAAAUGUCAGAGCUACUGCUGAAGCUUUCCAAUGUCCUGCAUCAGGAUCUCCCAUCUUCUCCGUUCUGUUCAUUGUGAUUCGCAAGAAGGGGAGCAGUUGAAUCCCUUUGAGGAAAGGAAUGGCUUGUUCCAUUUGUCCUUGGAAGAUGGUUACCUCAAUUACUCUUCCACCCCUUUAUUGUAAAUGCUUCCUCUACGCGAGUGAGAGAACUGACACGGCUCUGGUAUUCAUGGGUGAAGGGGAGGGAUGUGUCAGAAGAGCAGCAUGGCUCAGCAGAAAGCCUUUCUCCUAGUGUUUAGAAAUCACAGCUACGUACUCAGUGACACUAAAUUAACGUUGGGGUCCGUUGUAAGUUCUAACGAUACUUUAUUCUAGGUUCUAGUAUUUAUUUUGUCAAGAGAUGCUUUCCAAUGUGUUUUUUAACAUCAUCUGUUAACUCCUUGUGUGCUGAGAUGUAAAAAAUGAAUUGUUUCUAUUUAAAUAUACCUCUUUUGGGUUUUGGUUUUAAACGUUGCGUGUAGAUUGCAGGCGCAUCUUUGGCGAGUGUAAUAGAUAACAAUGUGCUGUACAGACUUUUAGGAUGUUUAACACGUAUGCAAGGUUCAAGGGAGAAAAAGCUCAUAAAAACUUAGCAUGGUCCCUCUUAAAGGGCAGAGUAUAUGUAUGCUAAGUGGUCUGAGUUGGACCAUCAUGUAGCCUCCAAUGUCCCUUUCUCCUGCCAACUUUUAAUAACCCCGUCCCCCAAAUUACAUUUGACCAAAUCAGCUCGGGUGCCAGCAUUUCAGGUUUGUUUUUACACUUCCAGGCAGAGGGAGUUUUUAAGGAAUGAAACUAGCUGCUUCCACCUUAAAUGGAGGACUUUUACCCAGCCAGACAUAGUGAUGAGACUUGGUUUCCUCCAGUGGUGUAGCAGUAGAUCUAGACAGGGGCUUCCAAAGGCACAGAAGGAGUUAAUUGCCCAACUCCUGUUGGAUUUUAGUGGGAGUUGUGCACCUCCUCGACUCCUUUGAAAGCCCCAGCCAAUGUGACCUGUAUCUGCUGCUUCCCAUUCGCUACUCUUCUGUUUCCACCAGUGAGGAUGGUACAGAUGGUGGUGCUCCCAUGUACCAUUUAUUAUUAUUUUUUUUGCCUUGUAAAUUCUAGGGCCUCCUGUGUUGUUGGGAUGUGCUGUGGGGCAGGGUUACGCUGGUUGGCUCCAGCCCUGGGCUCAGCUGAUGGAGUUUGGUCUGUAUUUGUUUACCUCCUCAGUACCAACCCCAAGGCUUGCAGAGGCUGUCCUGGGGGGGAAAAAAACAAAACUCAGGACAGGUUUUUUUUUUUCAUGGAAAUAAUGAAGCAAUCGGUGGGUAAAUUGCAUUCUUCUUGCAGGUAACUCUUUGAUUGCCAUAGGCAUCCUGUUGGCAUCUUCCCACUGCCUUUGUCUGACUGGCCCAGUAGAAGAAUGCUGGCAGAAAACCCCAUUCCUGCAUGCAUUUAUAAGCACUCAGGUGCUGCUACCGUCCACUUAAUAACCCGCUCCUGUCCCUUUCGAACUGACCCCUGUAGGACCAGUUUGCCCCUGUACUCACCAUCCACAACUUCCCACGCGUAGCGGGUUGUCCAGAUCACAACAUGCCCUUUGACGUGGGACUUUAAAACCUCGCCACUCCCAUCCCUGCCUCAUACAAGCAGCAGUUGCACUAUCCAUCUGGGCUAAGUGCAAAGCUCCAUUUGACUGCGAGCUGGCUUUACCCACCCAUUGCUCCCUCCUGCUGUCUCCACCUAGUCAAUGGCAAGCAUAUGCCAAACACACACCCCCUGCUCUGUGUUUUUAUAAGUGUCAGCUCUUCAUUCUGUAAUGUUGUUAUGAGCUACCAUUAACACUACAAAUGUAACCUGUGUAAUAGCGUCUCUGUAUAUUAAAGCUGUAGGCUUUCCAGAUAAAAGUGGAUAAUAUUUAUUUACUGAAGAUACUGGGUAUUUUUUUGUUUGGGGGAGGGGGUAGGGAAAGGGGACUUAACUGUUACAAAUAUUGACUAUGUAAAAACAGAAGAAACACACACUAAAUAAAUGUGUUGCUGUCUUUAUGUAGAAAGCCAGUGUGUUUACGUAAGGAUGAUCCAAGUGUAUUACUCUACCAUACUUAACUUACAGAAAUCAUCUCUCUAGUUUGGCUCUUGCAUGUGCAAUACUCCAAUAAAAGCACUACUAGUGUGAACUGUACAGUGA